AUGUCGGCCCUCAGCGGCACGCUGGCGACGCUUCUAACUUUAGCCGUGCUCAUCGUGACGGCCGGCUGUGACGAUGGCAAGUCCAUCCCCGUGAAUGGAUACGCACCGGCACAUCAGUUAGUGCAUAAGGAACUGCAGCCUACCGUCAGCACGCUGCAGUCAGGAACGGCACCUCUGGAAAACAGGCUGGAGUCUAGGAUGCAGGCUCUGGAGCGCAGAAUUGAGUCACGGAUGGAGUCCAUCGAAGACAGGCUGACCCUGCUCAACUCCCGGAUGGAGGAGCUGACCGGCCGACUGGACGGCCAGCAGACUCGGCUGGACGAGGUCAUCACACAGCUGAACGGCCAAAAAUCCCAGCAGGACAAGGCAACAGUCACAGUGAACGACCACACAGAACGACUGAGUGCUAUCGCCAUCAACAUGGGAAAACAUGUGAGUGAAAUGCGUAAAUUGGCUACGAGGCUCGACAGCCAACAACCGCAACUGAGGGAGCUCAGCACCCAGCUGGACGAUGGUGACAGCCAACAAAAACCCGUCGAGGCGUACUGCGACAUGGUCACUACCGGAGGAAACUGGACGGUAAUUCAGCGGAGGGACGACAUCAAACCCCGCCAGGACUUCAACCUCGGAUGGAAGGACUACAAGACAGGCUUUGGUAACGUAACCCAAGAAUUCUGGUGGGGUCUGGAACACCUAUUUCAGCUGACAUCAAAGAUCCGACAGUAUGAGCUCCGCAUUGACUUUGAGGCGUUUGACGGCAAUCGAUCAUACGCUACAUACCAGGGAUUCGGCGUCUCGUCUGAGCUGGACGGAUACAUACUGAGCAUAUCCAACUACACCGGAACUGCUGGGGACAGUCUAUCGGAUAGCGUCAAUGGGAAGUUCUCUACCCGUGACCGUGACCAGGACGGCUGGUCUACCUUCCACUGUGCACAAUACCAUCAGGGGGCCUGGUGGUACGGCAGCCGGUGCGGGUUGAGCAGCCUGAACGGACGAUACCGGGACGGCGGUGAUGGGGACCUCACUGGAAUAUGGUGGUACGAGUGGAGGAGAGAUGAGUCACUGAAGAAGACCGAGAUGAGAAUCAGGCCCACCUAUAACUGA